CCCCUCCGGUUUCUGCGUGCAAUGCCACGUUAGUAGCGGUAGACACAAAAUACCAGCUACUCUCCCAACCUUAAACAAGGAAGAAAAGCAAACCGAAGACCAAUUUCGCCGCUGAACCGUAGCUGACCGUGUCUGCAGCUCACCCCUCUCUGUCAGGAAGAAUACUCGGCAGUAACUAUGUUGAAGUUUUUGCUCAUCUGCACACUGGCUGUGGCCAGCAGGGCUGAGAUCGCUGAGGAAGAAGAUGUGCUAGUGCUGAAGAAAAGUAACUUCGACGAGGCUCUCAAAGCUCACCCCAAUAUCCUGGUUGAAUUCUAUGCCCCAUGGUGUGGUCACUGCAAGGCCCUGGCUCCAGAGUAUGCCAAGGCCGCUGGUAUGCUGAAGGCUGAGGGGUCAGACAUCCGCCUGGCUAAAGUGGACGCCACAGAGGAGACCGAACUGGCUCAAGAGUAUGGUGUCCGGGGGUAUCCCACCAUCAAGUUCUUCAAGGGUGGAGAGAAGGAAUCACCCAAAGAGUACUCUGCUGGCAGGCAGGCAGAUGACAUCGUCAGCUGGCUGAAAAAGCGCACAGGCCCAGCCGUCGCCACCCUGGCUGGGGUCACAGAGGCUGAGUCUCUUAUCGCUGACAAUGAGGUGGCAGUCAUUGGAUUCUUUAAGGAUGCUGAGUCUGCUGGUGCCAAGGCCUACGAAAAAGCAGCUGAAGCCAUAGACGACAUUCCCUUCGCCAUGACCUCCGAUGAUGCUGUUUACUCCAAGUUUGAAGUUUCCAAAGACUCUGUUGUCCUCUUCAAGAAGUUUGAUGAGGGGCGCAAUACCUUUGAUGGAGAGCUGACCAAGGAAAAACUCCUGGCUUUUGUCAAGGCCAACCAGCUGCCUCUGGUCAUUGAGUUCACUGAACAGACUGCCCCUAAAAUCUUUGGUGGAGACAUCAAGUCCCACAUCCUCAUGUUUCUGCCCAAAGCUGCCUCAGACUUCCAGGACAAAAUGGACCAGUUUAAGAAAGCUGCAGAGGGAUUCAAGGGGCGGAUCCUGUUCAUUUUCAUUGACAGCGAUGUGGAUGACAACCAGCGCAUCUUGGAGUUCUUUGGCCUGAAGAAAGAGGAGUGCCCUGCCAUCCGCCUCAUCACCCUGGAGGACGAGAUGACCAAGUACAAGCCAGACAGCGACUCCAUCACUGCAGAGAGCAUCACUGAGUUCUGCACACUGUUCACUGAGGGCAAACUCAAGCCCCAUCUCAUGAGCCAAGACAUCCCUGAAGACUGGGACAAAAACCCAGUCAGAGUUUUGGUGGGCAAGAACUUCGAGGAAGUCGCCUUUGAUCCCACUAAGAAUGUCUUUGUGGAAUUCUAUGCUCCUUGGUGUGGACACUGCAAACAGCUGGCUCCCAUCUGGGAGAAGCUGGGAGAGAAGUAUAAGGACAGUGCUGACACCAUUGUGGCAAAGAUGGAUUCCACAGCCAAUGAGAUUGAGGCAGUGAAAGUCCACAGCUUUCCUACUCUGAAGUUCUUCCCUGCGGGAGAAGAACGCAAGGUGAUUGACUACAAUGGGGAGAGAACACUGGAAGGCUUCACCAAGUUCCUUGAGAGUGGUGGUAAGGAGGGCGGCGCCCCUGCAGGAGAUGAUGAUGAUGAUCUGGAUGCAGAGGAUUUGGAUGUAGAUGAAGGACAGGAUGAGGACUCUGACGGCGAGGACGGAACUGAUGACGACGGACAUGACGAGUUGUAAGAGCUGGCAGAGGAGAGAAACGGAGAGAGAGAGAGGAGACAAGUCCCGCCCCAACCCUUCCAACCAGUCACCAUCACUACCUUCACUUUCUUGUGGACCUUCCCUGUCCUGUGAACAUUAAUACUUCCCCUUUAACUGCCUCUCAGUCAGUCAGUCAGUCAGUCAGCCGGCCUGUUAGCCAGCUCGCCAGUCAGUCAGUCCAUCAGUGGCGUGGCACAGGGCCUUUUUUUGCCAGCCACAUCUCCAACCUUGCAACUUCUGGCCAGACUGGUCUUGUCCCACCUGGGGGGACUCUGUGGAACAGUGCACCACCUCUAUGGGAGACCUCAAUGCCUUCUCUACAAAGCUCCACAUCAGCUGUUUGCCUUGUAUAUUUUAAACCAAAUGUAAAAUUGGCAUUGGGAUCCAGUUUUCAAAAUGUUUGUUUUUUUCCUGAUGAAUUUGCUCCUCUGCUCUUUAAAAACACCUCACCAUUGUUCAGUGUGGGUAUGAGCUUAAUGAGUGUUGUAACCUGUAUUUGUUGGUAAGGGGGGUGCCAUUGUUCUUUUCCCUCUGAUGGAAAUCCAGAGGACCAGAGUUUUGUGUGGUGGUUUUGUAAGGACUGAACUCUCAGGGGACAAGGGGCCAUCCUAUAGAUGUGUUUUUUAUUUUGCAAUGUCUUCACUAAAAUACACCCCACAGAGCUUGUCCAGUGUGGCACAAAGGGCCUAACCCUAACCCCUAUCUGUAGCUGAGACCAAUAAUUUUCUUUCUUUUGGUGGGGGAGUUUACUUUGUUUUCAUUUUCUUCAUUCCCAAACUAUUUCCCGGUUCAUUCUCCUCAUUUCAGCAAGGCUACUGACGAUUUUCUAAAAGGAACAAAGGUUAACUUUUUGGGGAAAUCCUAUUUUAUUUAAUUGCUUUCACUAUGAGGUUUUUUGUUUUUUAAUUUAGGACUUGUCAUUUUUAAUGAUGUACCAUUGUGCCCAGCUGUAGCCAGUUGGCCCUGUUGGGGCAGAGUUGGCCCUUGGACACACUCAGACCUGGGAUAGUUUUUGGAGCCAGUUCUGAUAGGUCGCACUGCAUUCAUGCCUAAUCAGAGAUUUCAUUGUGGUUACUAAAGCAGACAGAGAUUGGUACAGUUUACUGGUCAGGUUGGUCUGAGAUAAGUGUCUAUUAUAUCUGAGGCGGGGAGGGAACAGUUGCACAGCCCCAUCCCUCACCCAUACUGUACUUCCUGCAUCCCUUUUGGCUCUACCCAACACCCUUGUUGCCCCAGCAUUGUGUUAGUGUGUGUGUGUGUGUGUGUGUGAGUGCAUGUUGUGCUGUAUGAAUGGUGUAAAUUGCUGUGAGGAGUUGAAUGACUAGUUCAUAUUUUCUGGUCGUCCAUUAACAGGAGAAUGAAUGAAUGUGUGUGUUAUAGUCAGUGUGUUUGGCAGGGAGUGGAGGUUUGAGUAGAGCAAGGUUGUAAAGCUGUACAGCGGUGGGGGAAAAAUAAUAAAGCAUUCCAUCAUAUCCAAAUUGAUGUGGACAACGUGAAAUGGUGGCCAAUAAACAAAAUAUGAAAAACAA